AAACGUUUCUCACCAAACCACAACAAAAUAUUGGCCGGAGAAACCGAUAACUCCGCUUACUGCUAUUUUCUACAAAGGUAUACACAUAGUCUUUUGGCUCCUUGCGGCGCCUAGGGCAACUACUCCGGCUCCACAAAAUGAAGGCGUCUUUCAAGGCAAAGUACGACGCCGACAAAACUACCCCCGCCUCGGCCAUCACCCUCGCCUUUAACGCCGGCGAUGUCAAACUCCGUGCUUCCAUGACCGAUGCUACUCUGGUCAACGGCCCCUGCUUAAACGGUUUAGCUCUAGCAGUGGAUAAACCUGGAUCCUUCACCAUCGACUACAAUGUCCCCAAAAAGGACUUCAGAUUUCAGUUCAUGAACACAAUCAAAAUUUCAGAGAAGCCAUUAAACUUGGUGUACAGUCACAGCAGAGGAGAUCAGCGAACUAUGCUUGAUGGAACACUGGUGAUUGAUUCAGCCAACAAGGUAUCAGCCAAUCAUGUUCUUGGUUCUGGAAACUGCAAAUUGAAGUACACUUAUGUCCAUGGAGGGCUGACCAUUGAGCCUAGCUAUGAAUUGGCCAAAGAUUCAUGGGAUUUUGCAGUUUCAAGGAAGGUUUACACAGAUCACGUGUUACGAGCUGUGUAUCAGACCUCCAACCAAAAUUUGGCACUAGAUUGGACGACUAAAUCACAGAUGGCUGGAUCUUAUAAGAUUUCAGCACUUUUCAACUUGGAGGAUGGAGUAAAAGUCCCACGAGUGACAGCUGAAAGCACGUGGGAUUUUGAAAUGUGAAAUUUGGUUGCCAUUUUUAAUGAUAUCAGUUUACUUGUUAACUUGGUUCGAUAUUAAUAUUGUCUUUUCAAUGAUGUAACUAUUUACAUACCUUUGUAAGCAUCAUUGCCUAAAGUCUAAACGUUUGUGUCAUAUAAAUUGGUUUAAAUUAUUCCAUAAGGCUUCCUCUCU